AUGGAGGGCUUGUGCCAACAUUACAGGUUCUUCUUUGCAAUAACACUUCAAGUCUUGUUACUGGCAGGGCUUGAUCUUCAGUUAUCUUAUUCUUCUACAACCACUCAGAGCUUUCAUUUUAAUCAUUGUGAUUUUUCUUCUUCUUCUUCUUCUUUUUCUCUUUUUUCCAAUCAACAGGUUGAGUGGAAGAAGGUGAGGCGUUUGUGCCACACAAAGCCGCUUCUAACGGUGAAUGGGGAGUAUCCAGGGCCGACCAUUGCUGUUCAUGAAGGCGACAAUGUAGAAAUAAAGGUCACUAAUAGCAUGACCAUGAACACCACCAUCCAUUGGCAUGGAAUAAGGCAACUAAGAACAGGAUGGGCAGAUGGACCAGCUUACAUUACACAAUGCCCUAUAAGAGGAGGGCAGUCCUACACAUACAAGUUCACUGUGAUCGACCAAAGAGGCACCCUCCUAUGGCAUGCACAUUAUGGUUGGCAACGUUCUUCAGUGCAUGGCUCCUUCAUAAUCCACCCUCGCAUGCCAUAUCCAUUUUCAGUUCCAAUCCAAUCUGAAGUGCCCAUUAUAUUAGGUGAAUGGUGGAAUGCAGAGGUAGCUGCAGUGGAAAAUGAGAUGAUGUUGUAUGGAGGUGGGCCUAUUAGUUCAGAUGCUUAUACCAUAAAUGGCUUGCCAGGACCACUCUAUCCUUGCUCUAACAAAGAUACUUACAUCCAGACAGUGGAACAUGGCAAAACCUACAUGCUUAGAAUCAUUAAUGCAGCACUCAACAAUGAGCUCUUCUUUGCCAUAGCUAAACACAGAUUGACAGUUAUUGAAGUUGAUGCAGUUUACACAAGACCUUUCACAACUACAGCAAUUAUGGUUGCUCCUGGACAAACUACCAAUGUUCUGUUCUCUGCAAAUCAAAUUCCAGACACCUCAGGCAUGUUUGUCAUGGCAGUCACUCCUUAUAUAACUUCCAUUUUUCCCUUCAAUAACUCUACUUCAGUUGGCUUUUUAAAGUACAGUAAUUUUAGGACACAAGCAAGUGAGACCCCUUUUUUGCCAAGGAGUUCUGCAUUUCAUAACCUUCCUGAAAUGAGAGAUACUGCCUUUGCUACAAGAUUUUCUAAAAAAAUCCGCAGCCUUGCAUCUCCUGAGUAUCCUUGUCAUGUUCCCAAAAAGAUUGAUAAGCGAGUAAGCCUUAAUCUUCAAGACUGUCCUGCAAACAAAACUUGCAAGGGCUAUGAAGAUAAGAGAUUCUUUGCUUCCAUGAAUAAUCAAUCCUUUGUUCGGGCUUUGAAGUCGAUAUUGGAAUACCAUUACAAGAACUUCACUGCAUACUCUUUAGAUUUCCCGGAAAAGCCACCUAAUGCUUUUGAUUAUACCGGAGUGGACCCAGUGAAGGAAAACAUGAACACCGAGUUUGGUACGAGGCUUUUGAUAUUGCCAUACGGCACAAAAAUAGAAAUUGUGCUGCAGGGUACAGGCUUUCUUAACGUGGAGAACCAUCCAAUUCAUGUCCAUGGUCACAACUUCUUCAUUGUUGGCAGUGGAUUUGGAAAUUUCGAUGCUAUAAAGGAUCCCAAAAACUACAACCUUGUUAAUCCUCCAGCAAGGAAUACAGUGGCAGUUCCAGCUGGAGGAUGGGCAGCAAUUAGAUUCAAUGCAGACAAUCCGGGAGUUUGGUUCAUUCAUUGUCAUCUUGAGGAACAUACUUCCUGGGGAUUAGCCAUGGCUUUCAUUGUCAAAAACGGCCCAGAACAGUCUCAGAGCUUGCUUCCUCCACCUCAAGAUCUUCCCUCCUGUUAA